ACUUCCUGGUUGUGUGUGUAAACAGUUCCGUUCCCGUGAAGAAGCUCAGCUCCGGUACCGGAUCUCCGCUGCUCCUGUCCCCGGCGUGAACAUGACCUACCCGCUGCUCCUCCCGGUUCUCCUCCCGGUUCUCCUCCCGGUUCUCCUCCCGGUUCUCCUCCCGGCCUGCUGCCUGGUGCUGGCCGAGGAAGUGAGCGGAGGCUCCGGCGGCAGCACCGCGGCUCCCCGGCCCUCCGGCUCGAACGCCACCCGGCCCAACUCCACCCUGAGCGGGCAUCCGCCGGGCGGCUUCUCCGUGGACAGCUCCAUGAUCCAGAGGAGCUUCUACGUCCUCAUCGGGGUCUCCGUCAUCGGGCUGCUCUACUUCCUGGUCCGAGCCGUGAGGCUGAAGAGACCCAGCCAGAGGAAGAAAUACGGUUUGUUGCUGAACGACGCGGUGGAGAUGGAGGAGGUGGAGACGGACGAGGACGACACGCUGUUCGAGGCUCGCAGCCUCCGCAGAUGAGUCCAGAAGAAGACCUGGAUCAGGAUCCUGGCAGCUGGAUCAAGGGAGAGAAGACUGAUGGACCAAGCUUUAUUAUUAUUCGUAUUAAUAUCACAAUGAAUGCAGAUUGAUGCCAAAGCUACAGCUGCUCCAGGCGCCGAGCAGGAUAAUCAAUAUUUUUUUACGUGGCGUCGGAUGAUGUGAUCACCGGUUGCCAUGACGACACAGUUCCCUCUGAGUCUCGUCAUCUUUUUCUAAGAGUUUUCCUCAAAAUUUCAAACUUGUGACGGACAUGACGCAGCCGUGAUCAGACUGAGGAGGCGUGUUCCACCUGAAACUGUCCAGAUAACGGAGCUCCGCCCCCAAGGACUACACAACACAAGUGAAUGUUUCAUGACAACACACACACACACACAAACAAACACACACCCCUUCAUGUUUUUCUGUUCAUUCAAAUAAAAGUCCGAGGGUUUUUCUCUUUCAUGUUCGACGUUUGAACGAACAGAGAAUAAAUGAGCAUUUACAGAAGUCACAUGACCUUGGUGCCGAAGGACAGAAGAAGAGAUGAUCAGUGGACCAAUGAGGAGACGGUUCCUUCACCUUUCAUCACAGCGUUUUACUUCCAUCUUUGACUUGUUCAGGGACAUCAUCUCUUCUUCUGCAGUGAUGUAUCAGCACCAACGGGAGCAGCAGCGCCACCCACUGGUUAGCUCCUGAUGUUCACAGGAUGCAAACUUUGAUUUUGACCAUUUUCUAAAAGUUGAGUUACAAUCUCUGUUAUUUCUGAAUAAAAUCAAUAAAAAUUGAUUAAAAUCAUCAAACAAACA